CUUCAUCCUCCUCCUCUUCUUCCUCCUCCUCUUCCUCUUCCUCCUGCUCCUGCUCUCCCUCCUCCCGCAGGUGUGCUCCGCUGGUCUGGCAGCCCGUACCCGGAGCUCCCGGCAGUUGGUCCUAGCGUAUCCUCCCGUCCGGGGGAGGAAGGAAGGAGGAUGGCGGCGGCGGUGGUGGUCGGCUGGCUCGGGCUGUGGGUCAGCCUGAGCGUCCCGCACAUUGUCCGAGGUGAUAUUUGUGAUUCCAAUCCGUGUGAAAAUGGUGGCAUCUGCUUGCCAGGAUUGGUCGAUGAGACAUUUUUGUGUGAAUGUCCUGAAGGUUUCACAGAUCCCAACUGUUCAAGUGUUGUGGAGGUUGCAUCAGAUGAAGAAGAACCCACUUCAGCAGGGCCCUGCAUUCCUAACCCAUGCCAUAAUGGGGGCACGUGUGAAAUCAGCGAAGCCUAUCGAGGAGACACCUUUAUAGGAUACGUUUGUAAAUGUCCAGUGGGAUUCAAUGGGCUGCACUGCCAACACAAUAUAAAUGAGUGUGAAGCAGAUCCUUGUAAGAAUGGUGGAAUUUGCACAGAUCUCAUUGCCAACUAUUCCUGUGAGUGUCCAGGGGAAUUUAUGGGAAGGAACUGCCAGUACAAAUGCUCUGGUCCUUUGGGAAUAGAAGGAGGAAUCAUAUCCAACCAGCAAAUCACAGCAUCCUCUACCCACCGAGCUCUUUUUGGGCUGCAGAAAUGGUACCCCUACUAUGCCCGACUGAAUAAGAAGGGGCUUGUCAAUGCCUGGACCGCGGCAGAAAAUGACAGAUGGCCAUGGAUUCAGAUAAACCUGCAAAGGAAGAUGAGAGUCACGGGAGUUAUUACCCAAGGGGCUAAACGGAUUGGCAGUCCAGAAUAUAUAAAAUCAUAUAAAAUUGCAUAUAGUAAUGAUGGCAAAACCUGGGCCAUGUAUAAAGUCAAAGGCACCAGUGAAGACAUGGUGUUUCAUGGAAAUGUGGACAACAACACACCCUAUGCCAAUUCUUUCACACCUCCCAUAAAGUCUCAGUAUGUACGACUGUAUCCUCAAGUUUGCCGAAGGCAUUGCACUUUGAGAAUGGAACUUCUUGGAUGUGAAUUAUCAGGCUGUUCUGAGCCCUUGGGGAUGAAGUCAGGACACAUUCAAGACUAUCAGAUCACCGCCUCCAGCAUCUUCCGGACCCUCAACAUGGAUAUGUUCACCUGGGAACCGAGGAAAGCACGUCUGGACAAGCAGGGGAAAGUGAAUGCCUGGACUUCAGGCCACAGUGACCAGUCUCAGUGGUUGCAGGUAGACCUUCUAGUCCCUACCAAAGUGACUGGCAUAAUUACUCAAGGAGCUAAGGAUUUCGGUCACGUACAGUUUGUAGGUUCCUAUAAAUUAGCUUACAGUAAUGAUGGAGCGCGCUGGACUGUGUACCAGGAUGAAAAGCAAAGAAAAGACAAGGUGUUCCAGGGCAACUUUGAUAAUGACACGCACAGAAAGAACGUCAUCGACCCUCCUAUCUAUGCACGGCACAUAAGGAUCCUUCCCUGGUCAUGGUAUGGCAGGAUCACUUUGCGGUCAGAGCUAUUGGGCUGUACAGAGGAGGACUGAUGAAGCCCUUCGUUUGACAACUCCAGUCACGACAUCCCUAAAAGUAUCUCCGUAGAAUAAACUGUGCAAAACCUGUAAGAAAUUGAAUGGGUUUUUUCAUGAACAAGUGCUCAAUUUAAUGUAGGCCGCUACUGUCUUUUGUAAGAGGUCUAAGUCUGCCCUUUAUAUGGUUCAAUCUGAUUUUGUCCUGUAAACCAUCCCUUUAACUGUAGAAUUACCUUUAUAGUUUUCUUCUGAGUUGUUCACACUGGUUGAAAUAUGUUGAGGAAGAAGAGCAGCAUCCUUUUUACAGGCGAGACAAAAUGGCCCUGGAGAACUUCAGUACAGCUCAAGGAAAACAUAAAGGAGUUGAUAAGCUUAUUUGCCCAAACCGCACUGCUUUCUUACUUGUAAAAAGGAAUACUGCAGCUUUAGCAAUAAGUUCUUUUCUCUGGGAUGAAUGCAUUACCUUAUUGUUUCCCUUGUGCCUAUCAAACAUUGUCAGUAUUUCUACACAUGUUUUGGGAAUUAAUCUGUGGUUCUGAGUACUUGCUGUUAUGAUAAAGUAUCUUUUCAGUUUUGUUCCAUUUUUAAACUCCAGAAUACAUCUUUUUUUUUUUUGCUUUCUGCCCCAUUCACUUUCUAUGCUGCAUGUUCUCACUCCAGUUGUGUAUUCUGGUUGUCUCAUUUUUUUUCCUCUUUUACUCUAAAGAAGUCUCUUCUUUUCAUGAAGACUAGCAUAUGAAAUGGAAAGUGAAAUCUACCUAAGGAAGACAUCUAGUUUUGCUUCUAAAGAAAAUUACCCCUGAGAGAUUGCCAGGCAUUUUAACCAGAAUGACUCUUUUAGAAUUACCUUCCCCAUAAUCUUACUUAACUCAUAGCAGUAGAAAGUCAGAAUGAAUAAUAUUAUAGUCCCACAAAAAUUCUAUGUUUUUACCUUUUUGAAAAUAAUUGAAAUGUGAUUUCCACCCCCCUUUAUUAUGACAUCCAGUAUAUAGUGCUGCCUGUUUUCUUUCACGGCAUUUAUGUUCCGCUAUGCUGCAUUUCUCUGGAAGCUGAAAGUACUGUUGAGAUAUGAAUCUGGGGACGAUCACUGAAAAACGCCCUGUCUUCAGUAGAAAGCAUUCAUUUUGAAAACUAAGUAGUAAACCGCUCGAAAAUAUGCAUAUGAUAUCGUCAUCCAGAAGCUGAAAAUUCAAAUUGAUUUAUUUUGCUUCAAAAAGCCUGAAGAAAUUUGUAAGCAAUUUGGUAACCACCAUUAUUGAUAGUAGAGUUUUCAUGUAACAGUGACUCAAAUAAAUUACAGAAGUUGCCUCCAUAACCUUAGUCAACCUUAAUGAUGUAUUUAUACAAGUAUUUAUUUUAUAAGACUUAGACAUGGAAUUUUCAAAGACUUUAAUUAUGGAUCCUAUGAAGUUAAAAAGUUCAGUAUAUGUAAGAAAUGUUGAGGUCCUGUGGAACACUGCUAAUUUUAUUUUAAAAUUUGUGCUGCAUAACAAAAGCCACUAAACUGUUACUGUCUUGUCUGUACAUGUGUUAACAGCAUUCCUUAAUGAUGUAUAUAGGAAAUGGUCUUCAAUUGUAGUGAACAAUUUUAAAGAGAAAGUCAAUCAUAAUGACAUUUUUAGAGAGCCAAAAUUGUUAUAAGAGUCUGGUGACAAGUUAAUUAAAUGCUGCCCAUAUUUUGCACUUUGGGGUUGAAAUCUAUGGAUUGAUGGUCCUUUUCCAGCAAGCUUUUACAUUUUAGUGGGUAUUUUCCACAGGUUGUCUUGUGUUCAUCAUUUCAGUUUUUUUUCUAUUUUUGCUUUCAUUGCCUAAUCAUUGAAAUUAUGCUAUAGGUCACAGAAGCAGGAAAUUCUUGAAGGAAGAAUCACUAUAUUUUCCCAUUUGAUUCACACCAAAUUUCUUUGGUGGUGACACUUCAUUGCAUCAUUCUAAAGAAUCUGAAGAGUGAUAGCUUAAUGUGAUAUAAAUAGCACUACAAGUCGCUUUUUAAUAAUAGUUGUAUUUGUUUAGCUCUUACUGUGUGCCAAGCACCGUACUAAGCAUUGGGGUAGAUAGAAUAACAAUUAGAUUUCUCACACUCCAAGUAGGAGGGAGAACAGGUAUUGAACCCCAUUUUACAGAUGAGAAAACUGAGGCACAGAGAAGUUAACAUUCACUGAUAAUGCCUUCAGAUACUGAAUUGGGAAUGUUUCUGGUAAGUCCUUCCUUCUUUUAAUUGUCAGAAUACCUGGUUGAAGAUGCAACUACAAUUCCUUGAAAACUAUUCCCUUCUCAUGGUUUAUACCCAUUUGUCACUGACACCCAGCUCACCUGCAGUACUCAAAUUUCUGGUCAAAAAUGGGAUUGCCACACAUGGAAAAGUUGGAAAUGUUCUGGAGAAGUCCUUUGAUUUUUGUAGAAAAUUAUAUUCAUGGCAUAGAGCUAGAGUAAAACUGUUCUAAUUAAAUUUCACCUUGAGCCAAUUAAAUUUUGGUAGGCAGAUUCCAUCUUUCUAUAGCUCUAUAAUAUGCUAAUUUUAUAUCAAAGAAAUUAAAGAAAAUGUAUAAGAUUUAGACAAGGGUUUGUCAUUGUCCUUGGUUCUAAAUUGUAGGUUGACUUUCUCUUUUGGAAUUAUUGCAUACAGAAUUUUGAAGACCAAGGGUACUAUUGAGUGUAUCUUUGCUAGACAACAAAUUACGAAUUAUAAUAUUCAGUGCUGGCUUCCGACGUAUCAGUAAGUACAGAGGUAUCUGAAACACAACUGACUUUGGCAAAUUUUCAAGCUGUGUAAUAUUCAGAUGUCUUUUGUAUAUACUUAAAUCAUGUAGAAUGAUGUAAAAUCAGUUUGACCUUGUCUAGUCUUCAAACUUACAAUAAAACUUUUGAAAAUCUA